AUGAGCACCGACGCAGGCACGACCCGGCGCGGGCGCAACGCUGCGCGCGCCGAGCUCGUCGCCCGCGCCUGCAUCGCGCAGUACGAAGCGCUGCCGGCCAAGGGCGCCAAGCCGGCGCGCCGCUCCGACGGCCGGCACGAGUGGACGGUGCUCGCGGGCAUCGUGCUCUGUCUCGGCGCCGAGUGCGUGCCCGUGUCCGUCGCGACGGGCCUCAAGGUGCUGCCGCAGCAGGUGUGCACGGCCAAUGGCGACCAGCUGCGCGACUCGCACGCCGAGGUGCUGGCCCGGCGUGGCGCCCGCAGCUGGCUGCUGGCGCGCCUCGUAGCCGAGCACGCAGCGGGCGAGUACGCGGCGGGCGAGCUUGCCAACUCGAUUGACGGCUGCAUCUUCGAGCAGACCGGCGAGGCGAGGUGGAAGCUGAAGGACGAAGUCGAGCUGGUCUGGUACAUCUCGACGCUGCCCUGCGGCGAUGCGUCGAGCGACCUGCUGCUGGCGCAACGAGCCGCCGCAGAUCGUCAUGGCGAUGCAGCUGGACACACGACGGCUCCAGAGCAUGCCGAGCUGCUGGGCCACACGGUCGCCGGGCGCAUGAGCCUGCACAGCGGCCCGUCUCUCCGCACCAAGCCAGGCCGGCCCGACGCGCUGCCGUCCAUCUCGCACUCCUGCACCGACAAGCUGGCGCUGUGGAGCUCCGUCGGCCUGCAGGGCUCGCUGCUCUCGCGCUACCUCCAGCCGGUGCGCUUCGGUGCCCUCGUCGUCGGCGAGCGCGCUGCGCGCGAGGCGUUUGUGGGCGGCGGCGGCCUGGACUGGGCCGAGCGGCGUGAUGAGUGGCAGCGCAGCGUGGAGCGCGCCCUGGGUUCUCGUCUGGACGGCGACGGCCCUAGCGUCCACUUUGUCGCUCCUGACUUUUCUGGCUCACGCGAGACGGUCCGCUCGCACCUUGCCGGCGUAGCCGAGGAGCACAUGGUCGCGGCCGCCGGAUCCGUCUCGUGGAUACGCGGACGCGGCAAGAGCGAGAACAUCGUCGACGGCAUCCGGCAGGGUGCCUCGGCCAAGCGCGCCGGGCCACUUGAGCCACUGCGCGCGCCCAGCCGAUCGCGGCUGUGCAAGCUGGCGCACUUCCGCGAGGCGCAGGCAGCUGCGGCAGCGCUCGACCCCGCGCAGUGA